AUGCAAGGUUACUUAGUUGAGGGCAAAGAAACCAACAAUGAUUAUUCUUAUGAAUGGUUAAAGGGCAAUCCAGAUUUGGUGGCAAUUGAGAAGGGAAUACCAAUAGUACAUUUCAAUUCUGAAAUACAAAAAAGAGAUUUAGAAAUGGAAUUCAGAUUGUUACGCAGAUUGACAGAAACCUAAUAUCACAAUGAAAACUUGCAUGAUUUUAAUCCCGACAUCUAGAAAUUGAAUAGGUAUAACAAUAUCAUACCAUUCAAACAUUCUAUUGUCAAACUCAAAUAAGAGGCAGAAGACGAAGAGAAUCUCAAGGACACCUAUAUAAAUGCCAAUUUUAUCAAUCUUAUUAAUGGUAAAGAGAAAAUGAUUAUCGCCACCCAGGGUCCCUUGACUCAAACCUUUUCACAUUUCUGGAGAAUGGUGAUUUAAGAAGACAUGACCAUGAUUAUGAUGCUCUGUAAUCUAAGGGAGAACCAAAGAGCUUAAUGCGAGUAAUAUUGGCCAAAGAAUGUUGGAGAGUCCAUGCAAUGCGGAAACGUUCAAGUUAACUUACUUAGUUAGGAUGAUUUGGGAAACAACAUCAUCAAGAGAGUUGUUAAAGUCACCCAAGAAUUGGAAGAGAAGACAGUUAUCCAAAUUUAAUGGUGUGGGUGGCCAGAUCAAGGAGUCCCUUCUCCAAGUGAUUUUGAAGUCAUGAGAGAACUCUUGAAUAUGAUUAAUGAGAAACUGCUAUCAGAUUAAAAAGUAGUUUUCCAUUGCAGUGCUGGAGUAGGUCGUACAGGUACAUUAAUAGCUUUGGCUAAUUUGAUGAUCCUAUUAAGAGCCUACAAAUCGCAUAUCGGAGAGGACAAGUCAAAACUUGAAGAGAAUUCUGAACUUUACAGAAUCUCUAUCUUUGGAAUUGUUCGCCGAUUGAGAGAACAAAGAUGGGGAAUGGUCCAUACUUCAGAGCAAUACAUAUAUCUAUAUAAAUUUAUUGAUGAGGCUAUUAGAUCUAUGUUUAACAUAUGA